ACCCUGGAAAACGUAUAAAUAUACCGAAGUUUCAAUUAAUUAUUCAUUUUUUUUCUCAAGAAUGCGGAAAAACCCAAUGAAUAUCGAACGUUCGAAGAGUGUUCGAAUGUUGCUGACAAACAUUCGAAAGCCUUUUUCGAACGAAUGUUGCACGACUAAUAGAAAUUGAUAUGACCGAAAUAUUGUUUGCAUGAGUGCAGUUCAGUUCAACGCACCUUUAGUAUUACCGGUUAAAGAUGGGCAUGUACUGCUAGAACAUGAGUGUCAUUGUACUGUCCUUGAUUUCAGAACUUAAAAUGGCCGAAGCUGAACUCUUGGAUUACGAAGAAGAAGAGGCAACUCAAAAUGCCGUGAAAGAUACCAAGAGUACGAAAGAGGUGAAAGGAAUGUAUGUAUCUAUUCAUACAUCUGGAUUCCGGGACCUUCUGCUGAAGCCAGAGCUUCUGCGGUCGAUCACUGACUGUGGAUUUGAGCAUCCCAGUGAAGUUCAGCACGAGUGUAUCCCGCAAGCUAUAUUAGGCAUGGAUGUUUUGUGUCAGGCAAAGUCGGGAAUGGGUAAAACGGCUGUAUUCGUACUGGCCACUCUUCAGCAACUUGAGGUUACGGAAGGUCAGGUUAGCGUCCUUGUCAUGUGUCACACAAGAGAACUUGCGUUCCAAAUUGCCAAAGAAUACGAAAGGUUCUCAAAAUACAUGUCUGGCAUCAAAGUAUCAGUGUUCUUUGGCGGUGUUCCUAUAACAAAGGACAAGGAGACACUAAAAUCGAAUUGCCCAUCAGUUGUAGUUGGAACACCGGGACGUCUUCUUGCUCUCAUCAGGGAGAAAGAUCUCGUUCUCAAGAAUCUUAAGCAUUUCAUCUUGGAUGAAUGUGAUAAUAUGUUGGAGAAACUGGAUAUGCGUCGCGAUGUACAAGAAAUCUUCAAGCAAACUCCUCACCAGAAACAAGUGAUGAUGUUCAGCGCAACCUUGGACAACAACAUCCGCACGGUUUGCAAAAAAUUCAUGCAGGACCCGCUAGAGGUAUUUGUUGACGAUGACACCAAGCUGACUCUGCAUUGUCUGCAGCAGCACUAUGUGAAACUGAAGGACAAUGAGAAGAACCGAAGACUGAUCAGCUUGCUGGAUGUUCUCGACUUCAAUCAGGUGGUCAUUUUUGUGAAGUCUGUUCCGCGAUGUGUUGCUCUCAAUGAUCUUCUGAUCGAGCAGAAUUUCCCUUCCAUUGCCAUCCACCGAGGAAUGUCUCAAGAGGAUCGACUCGGACAUUACAAGCAAUUUAAAGACUUCUCGAAGCGCAUUCUAGUUGCGACCAAUCUGUUCGGCAGAGGAAUGGAUAUCGAACGUGUAAACAUCGUUCUGAACUACGAUAUGCCCGAGGACAGCAAUACCUACUUGCAUCGAGUAGCUCGAGCUGGGCGAUUCGGUACUAAGGGAUUGGCCAUCACAUUCGUCUCAAGUGACGAAGAUGCGGCUACCCUUAAUAAAGUGCAAGAAAGAUUCGAUGUUCAAAUCAGUGAACUACCCGAUGAGCUCGACGUCUCAACCUACAUGCCCGAAAGUCAAAAGACAGAAUAGUUGAGGAAUUAUGAAUGUGGAAAAACUGAGAAAUUAAAUACUCAAUGAAAGAUAAGGGACUCGUUCGAAAUCUCGUGUUUUACUCGUUGAAAUUCUUUACCAAUUUGUGUUUUAUUACAUCGUAUUUUAUUUGUCUCGUAUAUGUGAGCUGAUUUAACGUAAUUGUUCUUCAGCAGAUGACAAACAACUCUCGCUGCAAUAUUUAUUAUACCUUUUAUAUAAAACACGAGUUGCUGAUUUUCCUCAAAUUUCUUCCUCUACGUAUAAAUUCACUAUUUGUGCGUGCG